UGCUGUUCUCUGCUCCUCGGCACCACAGAAGAACAGCCCGUUUUGAUGCACCAUGGCGGCGGUGCGCAGCUUGCGGGUCUCCGUGAAACCAGACAGCGGCUCGGACUCGGACUCUGAGUCGGAUAAAGAUGCUCGGGAGGCCGAACCGAUGGAGGUGGAGGACGGGGAGCUGGAGGACGAGGUGUCGGUGAGCCGGUCCCUGAAGGAGCUUCUGCCGGAUACGAGCCGGCGAUAUGAGAACAAGGCGGGAUCGUUCAUCACAGGGAUCGACGUCAACUCAAAGGAGGCGAUCGAGAGGAAGGAAAAGAGAGCGCAACGUUUCCACUUCCGUCCCGAAGACAACGCCGAGCAGAGAGACGUUCUCAUGGAUAAAGAAACCAUGAAGAAAGCGAUCCCCAACCUGAGGAUGGAGGCUCUCUACGUGACGGGAGUCGACGACAUGAGCACUCAGGACAUCUUCGGAUACUUCAAGGAGUAUCCUCCAGCUCACAUCGAGUGGAUCGACGACAACUCCUGUAACGUGGUGUGGCUCGAUGACAACACGUCGAUCCGAGCGCUCGUUAACUGCAGCCGGCUGCCCGACCCGGAGACGGUUACCACGGAGACGGAGAGCAGCGAGCAGCCGGAGACGGAGAGUAAAGGUAAACAAACCCCAGUUCGUGGAGAGAAGUCUGAGGAGGAGGAGGAGGAAGGGCAGGUGGAGCAAGAGGAGGACGAGGAGGAAGAGGAGAAGGUGAAGAAGAGCAGCGAGGAGAUCGAAGUGAAGGAGGGCGAGGUGGAGGAGCAGAAGAAGAAGGAGGACGUUCAGGUGGAAGAUCUGUCUCUGAUGGAGAGAGACUCUCUGCUGAGCAACGAGCUGCGACCCGCCAUCAAACCCUUCAAAGGAAACAAGCUGCUGCUGCGCUUUGCAACACACGAUGAUAAGAAGGAGCUGGGUGCAGCUCGACGCAGCAGAUACUACAUGAAGUACGGAAACCCAAACUACGGAGGCAUGAGAGGAGUCCUCAGCAACUCCUGGAAGAGGAGGUUCCACACCCGCAGGAUCCAGAGAGACGUCAUCAAGACCAAGAAACCUCUGAUCGGAGACAACAUGGGACACACACCUCCAUACACACACAGACACUCAGCCGACCUGGUGAACCUGCCUGAGGAACCCAUCAAGGAGGAAGAGGAGGAGGAGGAAGGAGACGAGGAAGGAGACGAGGACAUGGAGGAGGACGACCGCGUGGUGGAGUACGGGGAUCGGGUCGGGGAAAGGGGUGGGGCUUCCCGCGCGUUGGGGGCGGGGCUCCGCGGCCGGGCGUCUCGCUCGCCCUCCCCCUGGUCGGAGUCGGACGAGAUGGACUACGACCUGGAGCUGAAGAUGAUCUCCACCCCCUCCCCCAAGAAGACCAAGAAGAUGACCAUGUACGCCGACGAGCUGGACACCACCCUGAAGAGCAUCAGGAACCGGGUGGGGGGCUCUAAGUCUGCGUCUCCCCCCCCGAAGGUGAGGGACGUCCGCCAGCUGCUGGAGGAGAAGCGGAAAGGCCUCUCCCCCAGACAGCCCCCCCCGGUGGCCCCCGGCGGAAAGACAGAUGUGAGGCAGCGUUUGGGGAAGAGACGAUAUUCCCCCGACGGACGCUCCCCCUCCCCCCCCUCCCCCAGGGACACGCCCCCUGCCAGAGAGCCAAUCAGAGACGUGCACCGCAGGCUGGGCGUGGCCAAUCAGGACAGAGCAGUAAACUCAUCCAAAGACAGGAAGUCAACGCUGUGGAGCAGACUGGGCUCGGCCGGAGACGACGCCAACGAGCGCCUCUUCACCUCCUCUUCAUCAUCGGGGAGGAAGGAGAACGCCUCCAGCAUCAGGAGGGGAGGCGACGGGGAGGAGGAGAAGGAGAAGAAGAAGAAGAAGAAGAAGGUGGCAGGGGAGGAAGAGGAGGAGGAAGAAGAGGAGGGCGACUCGGCGCUGCAGGAGGUUUGGGGCGCGAUGAUUAAACAGAAACAGGAGCGUCUGACCACGCAGAUCAAAAAGAGUCGUCUCGAUAACCUGCCGUCGCUUCAGAUCGAAAUCAGCCGCGAGAGCAGCGACGAGUCCGACAACUGAGGAGACCUUCAUCAUCAUCCUCUUCAUCGUCCUCUUCCUCAUACAGACUGCAGAUCUGAGGCCGUGGGAGAGGGGGGGGAGACAUGGCCGACGUCCUGAUAUUUAGUUUUUUUGUUUGUUUUGGCUGUUUUUAAAUAUCGACAGUCUGCGACCGAGUCCAUGAGCGGUGCAGAAAACACAGACAGGGAGCAUUCCUUAUCAAAUUAAAAGGUGAGACUAAAAAGUUCAAAGAGACGUAACACAACUUCAAAGAGACGUAAGACAACUUCAAAGAACUUCAAAGAGACGUAAGAGAACUUCAAAGAGACGUAAGAGAACUUCAAAGAGACAAGAAACGACUUAGAAAUACCAGACUACUUUGAAGAGAUGCUAAAUGACUACAGAGAAAAAAAAGCGACUAAAAGGACAAAACAACUUCAGAGAGACGUAAGACAACUUAAAAAUACUCCAAAAUACAACGUGACAACUUUGAAGAGACGCAAAAUGACUUCAAAGACAUAAACAAAUACUUCAAAGAGACACGAAACAAGUUCAAAAGGACAACAACCAAACAUGAGACAACUUUGUAGAGAUCACUACAGAGACAAAAGGGAUUAAAAGGAAAUGCAGAAAAACUUUAAAGAGAUGCUAAAUUACUUCAAUAUACACUUAUUUUUGCAUGUUUUUAAAUAUCGAGACUCAAGUCCAUGAUUUGCUGUCCAGAAACACAGAAAGAGGGCACUCCUUAUGAAUUAAAUGUAAGACUCACUUUGUCUCCAGUGCAAAAUGACUCACAUAUAUACUCAGAAAUACGAGACAACUUUGAAGAGAUGCAAAAUGACUACAGAGAAAAAACAACGACUGAAAGGACACUCAAAAGAACUUCAAAGAGACACGAAACAUCUUAAAAAUACUCAAAAUGACCACAAAGAGACGCAAAACUAUUUCAAAGAGACACAAAACUAUUUCAAAGACAUACAGAAAUGACUUCAGAGUGACUUCAAAUGAUAACAACGAAACUUGAGACAACUUUGAAGACAUGCUAAAUGACUACAGAGGAAAAGAAAGCGACUAAAAGGACACGCAAAACAACUUCAAAGAGACAAGAAACAUCUUAGAAAUACUCAAAAGGACUUCAAAGAGACAUAGGACAACUUCAGAUGACGAGAGUGAGAGAAAAGUGUUUUUUUUGUUGUAAAUCCUCACAUUUGUUGUAUACUGUUUGUAUAUUUAAAUAUCUGUGUCGAUAUUAAACGGCCCAAAAACCCCAAACAUCCGUUACCAUGUGGUCCGGGUCUCUCUCUUUCCGCGACUCAUUCCCGUCGGCCUCAGAUCUGAUUUGACAAAGUGUUUCCCUCUGAGACCCUGGACGCUCCGGAACAUUCCUGCGUUCAGAAAAAGUGUUUCUACGUUUCUUUGAGAUGUUUCCUGUGUGCAGCGAUCAAUGAAAGACUCAUGGGGAUAUUGAUAAUGACCUGGUGUUGUUUCCUACGGACGGACGGGCGGUGGAAACGCAGACGGACCUUUUGUUUCCUGAAUGUCGGACAUUUCUCUAACAUUGUUUUUUAAAGCCGUCAUGGAGCUGCUUCCUGUGUGCGUGACAGGAACACUGCUGCCUUCCUGCAGCGUCAAACAUCAUAUCUGUGUUUAAAUAUCUUUGUUUUGUAUUCUUUACGCAGGGUCAAACAUUUUAGAUUAUUAUACAAAUUAGAGCUGCAACGAUUGGUUUCUUUAUGGAUUAGUUUGCAAAACGUUUUUUUUCCUGAUAUAUGCUUUGAUGUAUAAAAUGUCAAAACAAA